UGAAUCUUGAUGCUAAUCUUUCUUUUAAAUAUAGAAGGAACUGAUUCCAUAUUAGCACCAGUUUGCUAUUUUGUUUUUGUGAUUCAGACACAGUUGGACUAACUCUGAAGUCAGGAGCUUGAAGCCUCAGCAUGAUGAGCCGUCCACAGAAAUACAUAGAAGGUGAAGCUUUUGAUUCUCAACGUGAAAAAUCAAACAAUGCGUUAAAGCUCAGAGUGGCCGUGCUGGUUGUCUGUGUUCUCCUGGUGUCGGCUCUCAUGGUAACUUAUCUCUUGUUUGAGCUUUUGAAAACCAAGGAAAUGCUCAGAAAAAUUGAAUUGGAGCGGGAAACUUUUAAAAUUCAUGUCACGGAGAGAUUGCCUGAAAUCAAACCAUGCAAUACAGUGACGCCCACAUGUCCAUUGCAGCCUGAAAUUAAAAUAAUAACACAACCUUGCAGCACAAUAAAGCCUACAACCACAACCUCACAACCUCCUGAAGUAAACAUGAAUGAACCAUGUUAUAAAUGUGAGGAUGACUGGAAGGAACAUGGAGGAAAUUGCUAUUACUUCUCCACCAAUUCAUCCUCCUGGAAUGAGAGCAGAACUGUAUGUAAAAGUAAGGGAGGAGACCUGGUUAAGAUAGACAGCGAAGAAGAGCAGAAUUUCUUGAGGAAAAAUGUUCAACAAAAAAUGGAGAUACAUGACAUCCCUUUCUGGAUCGGACUGACAGACUUAGCAGAAGAGGGCAGAUGGUUGUGGGUGGACGGCUCCCCACUAAAUGAAAGCCGGAGCAGAAACAUCAGAACUGUUAUCUGUGACUCUGCUCUAGGAUCUGGCGGACUGAGUCCUGACGCCGUGGGAAGCCAGCACCGGAGUCUGUGCACAGCCCUUUUAGAAUUUGGGUCCGGACCGGUGUUUAUAGUCUGGUCCACUGCGGUGGGAUUCAGUCUGACGAUCCGAACCACCAGUGAGUCGUCUGAGGGUGGGGAAGUUUUGACUUCUAUUGAAGACAUAAUCUGGAGGUGGAAGGAGUACUUUGUGGACUUCCUUAAUCCCAAUGACAUGCCUUUGCUAGAGGAAGCAGAGUCUGGGGAAGAGGGGGAUAACUCGCCCAUCAGUAGGGGCAAGGUUACUGUCUCCUUUGUGGCAGGCCCCAUGGAGGGCAUGAGCUACAGCCCCUGA